CCAGGGACCGGCCUCCGCAGCUCUGGGCGCGAGAGGCUACACUUUCCCUUCGCCCCCCGCCCUCGUUUCCUCCCGCGCGGCCGCAGCGGAGAUUUCCUCUCGGGGAAACCACGCGGACUCUUCCCGGGGCUCCUCGCCCCGCCCCAGUUCUCCGCCCCCUCCUCUUUGCUGGGGAGCCGGUGCUAGCCCGCGGCGGGGAGGAAGCUCUGGCAGCCUGGGCCAGGAGGUGGCAGGGGGCCGCGGAGCCGCUGGCUACCAACUCACCCUGCCAUGUGACGCCGCCCUCCGCCCAGCGACCCCCCGCGCGCCCCGGGCCCGCGCCCGCGCUCUGUGGCGCCGCGCACCAUGCUCCUGCCGGGACACGCGCGCCCACCGCCAGCGCCCCAGCCAGCACAGCAUCCCGGCCUCCGCAGGCAGGCAGAGCCUCCCGGGCAGCUCCUGCGACUCUUCUACUGCACCGUCCUGGUUUGCUCCAAAGAGAUCGCAGCGCUCACGGACUUCUCCGGUAAGAAGCGACCUCCCUCGCUGUGCGCCCCCGGCGCCGCGGGGCGCCCAGGCUACCUAACCAAACUCCUGCAAAACCACACCGCCUAUGCCUGUGAUGGGGACCAUCUGGAUCUGCACUGCCCUCGGCAUUCGACGAUAAGUGUCCAGUCGGCAUUUUAUGGGCAAGAUUACCAAACAUGUAGCGCGCAGCAACCUGCCUCUCGGAGAGAAGACAGCUUAACCUGUGUGGCGCCCACCACACUGCAGAAGGUGCUGGACGAAUGCCAGAACCAGCGGACCUGCCACCUCCUGGUCAAUAGCCGUGUUUUUGGACCUGACCUUUGUCCAGGAAGCAGUAAAUACCUCCUGGUCUCCUUUAAAUGCCAACCUAAUGAAUUAAAAAACAAAACUGUGUGUGAAGACCACGAGCUGAAACUGCACUGCCACGAAUCCAAGUUUCUCAACAUCUACUCAGCGACCUAUGGCAGGAAGACCCAGGAGAGGGACGUCUGCUCCUCGGAAGCCACGUGGCUCCCCCCCUUUGAUUGCUUGUCUUACUCGGCUUUGCAAGUAUUAUCCAGGAGGUGUUAUGGGAAGCAGAGAUGCAAAAUCCUUGUCAACAAUCACCAUUUCGGAAGCCCCUGUCUUCCAGGAGUGAAGAAAUACCUCACCGUCACCUACGCGUGUGUUCCCAAGAAUAUACUCACAGCGAUCGAUCCAUCCGUUGCUAAUCUAAAACCUUCUGUGAAACAGAAAGACGGUGACUAUGGUAUAAACUUUGACCCAAGGAAACCAAGAGUUCUGAGGAAAGAUGGAGCUAUUGUCAGCCACUCCCUGGCAGCAUUUGCUUACCUGCGAGGUAGCCUCACUGCUCACCUCUGGAGAGACCGUAUUUUGGAAUGUCAACUCUGCAAGUUUCAACAAUGCCUGCCUGACUCUGUUCAGAGAGCCAGAACCUCAGAAGACUUUUGUAAAAUACAUGGUAAUACAAUGCAUUACGGCAUUACUUACUCAAGGCCUGCCAGAGCUGGGGCUGUUUGGAGUAAGCCUCCCUCAGAAGAAAAUAAAGGCUUAAGGAAACAUCUCAACACAGGAGAUAGAACAGUCUUGGGACCUCCUUACCAAUGUCCUCCCUGUGUGGUAGUUGUGUGGUUGUUGAGAACCUUCUCUUUUCUAACCACCCUUCCCUUUCUGUUUCUUGCUGUUCCGGACAAUUGUCAUAGUUAAGAGAUAUAAGGAUUUUGAUUGUUGAAAAUAUCACAUAUUUUCAAAGUCCCCAGAGAGCCCCUUGGAGGAAAGACAUCAUGAAAAUCCUUCACUCAGAGGAACAACUAGGAGGCUGCUUAUGUGAUGCGGCCAUUCUGGACCCUAUCAGUUCCUCUCAACAACUGUCCUGGUCAGCUCAGGCAACCAUAACAAGAUACCAUGGGCCUGGUGGUUUAAACAACAGAACUGUAUUUUCCUCCAGGCUGGAAGGCCAUGAUCAAGGAGCUGGCAGGCUUGGUUUCUGGUGAGGGCUCUCUUCACAGCUUGUAAACAACUGCCUUCCCCCUAUGUCUUCACACAGCAGGGAGGGAA